CGUCCGUGCCGUCCCGCCCCGCGGACCUUGGCCGGGGAUGCUGGCGGGAUGUCGGGAGCCGGCGCGGCCGUGCUGGCCUGGGCGCUGCUGGCCGGGACACUGCUGUCCCCGCCGCCCGUCCGGCCCCAGCCCCUGCCCCACGGGGACCGCAAGGUGCAGGAGAAGGAAGCGCAGUUCAACACCACCUACAUCGACUGGGUGGACGCCAACCUGCUCAACAUCUACGCCUUCAACCACAGCGUCCGGAGGAACAGGACCGAGGGCGUGCGGGUGUCCGUCAAUGUCCUCUCGGACCACAAGGACCAGCCCGUGCUCUUCGUGGUGAGGCAGAAGGAGGCGGUGGUCUCCUUCCAGGUGCCGCUCAUCCUCCGGGGCCUGUACCAGCGGAAAUACGCGUACCAGGAGGUGAGCCGCACGCUCUGCCAGCCGCAGACCAAGGCCGAGGUGGAGACCCAGCACUUCUACGUGGAUGUCUCCACGCUCUCCCUCAACACUUCCUACCAGCUGCGGGUCACCCGCGUGGAGAACUUUGUGCUGCGGACCAACGAAAGGUUCAGCUUCAAUGCCACGGCCGCCCAGCCGCAGUACUUCAAGUACGAGUUCCCCAAGGAAGUGGAUUCGGUGAUCGUGAAGGUGACCUCAGCCAUGGCCUUCCCCUGCUCCGUCAUCUCCAUCCAGGACAUCCUGUGCCCCGUCUACGACCUGGACAACAACGUGGCCUUCAUCGGGAUGUACCAGACCAUGACGAAGAAGGCGGCCAUCACGGUGCAGAAAAAGGAUUUCCCCAGCCAUAGCUUCUAUGUGGUGGUGGUGGUGAAGACAGAGGACGAGGUGUGCGGGGGGGCUCUGCCCUAUUAUCCCCUCUCCAAGAAUGCCUCUCCAGAUGAGCCCGUGGAUCAGCACAACCGGCAGAAGACACUGGAGGUGAUGGUGUCGCCUGCCAUAACCUCCGAGGCCUACGUGCGCAGUGUUCUCUUCUGCCUCGGCAUCUUCCUCUCCUUCUACAUCCUCACGCUGCUCAUCGCCUGCUGGGAGAGCUGCCGGCAGCACAAGAAGAAGGGGCUCCUGGCAGCCAUGGAUUCACCCAGCCUGGACACAGGUCACUCCCGCAGCAUCCCCAGCUCCUUCCUGAACCAUGGCCCCUACGACAGCUACGGCUACGGCUCCUUCGGGAACGGUUCCUCCAGCAGCACCGAGGGCAUCACAGACAGCCUGGGCUCAGCAGAAGUCUCCUACAGUUAUGUGGGGGAGCGGUCACUGGAGAACGUGGCCAGCCGGCCACGCCUGGACUCGCUCAGCUCUGUUGAGGAGGAUGACUACGACACGCUGGCCGACAUCGACUACGACAAGAAUGUCAUCCGCACCAAGCAAUACCUGUGCGUGGCCGACCUGGCGCGCAAGGACAAGCGGGUGCUGCGGAAGAAGUACCAGAUUUAUUUCUGGAACAUCGCCACCAUCGCUGUCUUCUACGCCCUCCCCGUCAUCCAGCUCGUCAUCACCUACCAGACGGUGGUGAACGUCACUGGCAACCAGGACAUCUGCUACUACAACUUCUUGUGCGCCCACCCCCUGGGGAACCUCAGCGCCUUCAACAACAUCCUCAGCAACCUGGGCUACGUCCUGCUGGGUCUUCUCUUCCUGCUGAUCAUCCUGCAGCGCGAGAUCAACUACAACCGCGCGCUCCUGCGCAAUGACACCCAUGCCCUGGAGUGUGGCAUCCCCAAGCACUUUGGGCUCUUCUACGCCAUGGGCACCGCCCUCAUGAUGGAGGGGCUGCUCAGCGCCUGCUACCACGUCUGCCCCAACUACACCAACUUCCAGUUCGACACCUCCUUCAUGUACAUGAUCGCGGGGCUCUGCAUGCUCAAGCUCUACCAGAAGCGUCACCCGGACAUCAACGCCAGCGCCUACAGCGCCUACGCCUGCCUGGCCCUCGUCAUCUUCUUCUCUGUGGUGGGCGUGGUGUUUGGGAAGGGGAACACGGCUUUCUGGAUCGUCUUCUCCGUCAUCCACAUCGUGGCCACGCUGCUGCUGAGCACCCAGCUGUACUACAUGGGGCGCUGGAAGCUGGACUCUGGCAUCCUGCGCAGGAUCCUGCACGUGCUGUACACGGACUGCGUCCGGCAGUGCAGCGGGCCCAUGUAUGUGGACCGAAUGGUGCUCCUGGUCAUGGGGAACAUCAUCAACUGGUCACUCGCUGCCUACGGCCUCAUUGUCCGCCCCAAUGAUUUUGCUUCCUACCUGCUGGCCAUCGGCAUCUGCAACCUCCUCCUCUACUUCGCCUUCUACAUUAUCAUGAAGCUCCGCAGUGGCGAGCGCAUCAAGCUCAUCCCGCUGCUCUGCAUCAUCAGCACCUCCGUGGUCUGGGGCUUUGCCCUCUUCUUCUUCUUCCAGGGGCUCAGCACCUGGCAGAAAACGCCAGCUGAAUCCCGGGAGCACAACCGUGACUGCAUCCUGCUCGACUUCUUCGACGACCACGACAUCUGGCAUUUCCUCUCCUCCAUCGCCAUGUUCGGCUCCUUCCUGGUGCUGCUGACGCUGGAUGAUGACCUGGACUGUGUCCAGCGGGACAAGAUCUACGUCUUCUAGGAGCCUGCAGCCACCCGCUGCCCUGGGACUGUGCCAAACACCCGGCUGCAGCCCCGGGAGGGGGACCCACCCCUGGGGAGGGAUGUCUGCGCUGCAGUUCCUGCCAGCCACUCCGUCCCCCUCCCCACACAGCCCAGGGGUCCUGGUUUGCCUCCUCCCCAUCAGCCGGGUCCUUCCAGGCACUUUGUGCCCAUCCCUGGGCCCGUCACAGCCAAAAAUGGGGCUGGGGGGCCACCGGAGCAUCCGUCCUCGGUGGCAAGUGACACUGGAAAAGGUGCUGCUGUUGCUCCGUGUCCGUGUGCCCCUGGGCACAGUGGGGGGAUUGGGGCGAGCGCCGUGCCAGCAGCCCCGUGGCCCCCCGAGCACGUGGGUGUGGGUCUCUCUUCAGUGCCUGAGUCGAGUGGGUGGGAGGUGGGGGGUGUGUGGGGCCAGCACGGUGGGGGCAGUGGCCGGAGAGGCCCCACUCCUGUCUCCUCCAGCGUCCCGGGAGGGGGGUGGCCGCAGAGGGCCCCCGUGGCCGCUCCCCAUCGAGGUGCCGCGCUCCCCACGCGUGGAUCUGCUGGGA